CAGAGAUGUAGGUUAUCUGGGGCGCCUGCAAUGUCAUGGCCGCGGCCUUGGAGAGGAACCACCCAUGGAGGGGUUCGGGAACAAACCGACAUAUCCUAGGUCACAAUCUGACACACUGAGACUCAAAGACUGCUUCACGCCGUCCAGAGGUCAUCCACGACAUCGUCAUCAUGGCGCAGCCGAAAGUGUUCCACUGUGACCCGAGGAACUUUGAGGUCACCGAGGAAAUGAUCGAAUCCUUCAACACCCGCGGCUACGUCUUUGUCAGAGGGUUUCUUGAUAAAGAGGAGCUGGAGCAGCUGAGGAAGACUGUGGAGGACACAGACCUCUUUGUAAAGCCGUUCUUCGCUCUGCUAGAUGACACAGGCGGCAAGACUGAGAGGUGCAUUUGGCGUCAUCCCGGAAAUGACGUCACAGGGAUCAUUGCUAGGAGCGAAAAGGUCGCGGGGACAGCCGAACAGCUUCUUGGGGGAGAGGUCUACCAUUAUCACUCCAAGCUGAUGACAAAGGCCCCCAGGGUAGGCGGCAGACACCUGUGGCACCAAGAUUACGGUUACUGGUACCAAAAUGGCUGCCUCUUUCCCGACAUGCUCAGCGUCCUCAUUCCCAUAGAUCCUUGCGGGAAGAUCAAUGGCUGUUUGGAGGUCCUGGAGGGUUCGCACCUCAUGGGGCGCCUGGACCAUAGUCUGAGGUCAGGCCUACAGGGCUGUGACCCUGAGCGAAUAGAGCAGGUGAAGACUCGCUGCCCUCACAUGUACGUGGAGAUGGAUCCAGGUGACGCCAUAUUUUUCCACUGCAACUUGCUCCACUGCAGUGGCAACAACCUCUCCGACACCAAACGCUGGGUCCUCAUCUCCGCCUAUAACAAGGCCAGCAACGAUCCUGUCAAGAAACACCACCACCCAAACUACACCAAACUUGAAAAGGUGCCAAAUUCCGCUAUUCGGGAGUGUCGGAACUACACAGACCUCAGCGGCAAAGAAUUUACCGAUCCUCGGACCAGCGGGGACACGACCAUCAACAUCAACUUUGGCAAGUCGUCUGCUCUCUAGACAGGCUGCACUGUACCGAUACACAAAACCAAAAUGUAAUUGCACGAAGGGGAAAUUUCCGAUGAACUUGAAUUUAAUGUGCAAAGUUGUUUAUUGUGUUGCUAUCCGUGUUCAGCUAUUCUGCAAGCUGGAGCUUUUGUUCUUUUUACUGCGAUUUUUCUGUAAACAGACACCGACUUGUCAUCUGAAGUUUGUUUAUAAUCUCUUUUAUCCAAAUCUCUCAAUACACUAACUGCUUUCAGGAGGCCACACGACGCAUGCGCACUGAGUAUUUCAUAGUUGGCGUGUCAGAAAUAUCUUUCUUAUGCGUUGGCCCCUCCCCACUCCCUUAUCAUGGACAAUGCUCUUUUCAUCAUUGACUGUUCCACCACAGCACACAGCAAUGCUCUGUAAAGGUCUUUAGUGCGGGUGAAGGGUCAAGGAGAAAGAUAAUAGUUCUCAUUAUUCAUGGCUCAUUUUCUCCUCACAAAGCCAAGCCCGUGGUCAAACAAAUCUCUAUUCUGACCGUCUUUUAUUCCAGACACUCGGUGUGUGUUGUCACACAUCAAAACUUUGAAGUGCAUUAACAAUUCUGUUGUUCUGGUCAAAAGGAGUGUGACAUGAGGCUGAUUCUUAUUGAAGUCACACGCACAGACAUUGAUAAACAUAGACCGAGCAUUGGCUAGUGUCCACGGUCAGGGGAAGCCAUCUUGGUCAUCCGUUGACUGUUGAUCUUAUUGAGUUUGCUGUGUUGAGUUAUCACACUUGAGAAAAGGAUUUGUAAAUUUAAUAAACAAGUAAUCAAACCGAACCUGUCUUUCUACGUUUACACUAAGCUCUAUUUUCUUAACUGAGAAUUUAAACAAUAAAGACAUAUUACCUGUAA